AUGGAAUUCUCCAUUCAAGACUACGACCUCCGCAACGCUUUCCAAAUCGAAAGAAUACUAUUGUUACUUUCUGGAUUUUAUCCGCGUCGCAACAGAAAGCACGCAUUGCUUUACAGAUUAAGUUCCCUGUUUAAUUUAUUGGUUGCUUAUGGACAACUCUUCUCAAUGAUUGUACAAAUGGUUAUUGAUCGAAAAAAUUUAUCGAAGCUAACUGAAACUUUACUUUUUUUUAUGACGCAUUUUACCUUUUUAUGCAAACUUACAAAUUUUGUGUACUAUAAGAAAAAAAUGUUCGAUAUUGAAGAUACUCUUGCUGGAAAUAUUUUUUAUGGGCAUCCAUUAGAAAGACUCAUGUUGGUUAAAACGCGAGUCAGUUCCUGUCAGCUUGUAGCGAAAAUUUUUCGAAUUUUGUGUGUUUUGGUGGUGUUUUUUUACACUCUAGUACCAUACGUGGACCACAAAGAAGAAAAAACUUUACCAUUACCAGGGUGGUUACCUUAUGACAUUAAAAAGUACUACUAUCCUACUGUGGUUUUUCAAAUAAUGAGUGUUGUUGUCAGUGCAUAUAACAACUCAAGUAUUGAUAUUUUGACUUGUAUGUUAAUAACAGUAGUUUCAGCGGAAUUUGAUAUCUUAAAAGAAAAUCUUAAAACUACAGACUAUAAAACUUAUAAUGAGAGCGCCAAAAAACAAAUACAAGAAAAAUUUCAGCACUGCGUUGAAUAUCAUAAAGCAAUUGUAGCUUUUGCUUACACAGUUGAAGACAUUUUUUCCAAAGGCAUUUUCUUGCAAUUUUUCGCUAGUAUUAUUGUUAUAUGCUUUACUGGGUUUCAAAUGAUUGUUGUACCAGUUCCGAGUCUGCAGUUUAUUUUUCUGGUUAUUUAUUUUUCUUGCAUGAUGUGUCAAAUUGCUAUGUAUUGUUGGUAUGGACACGACAUUAUCACAAACAGCAAUUCAGUUGGGCAGUAUUUUUAUAUGUCAAACUGGUAUGAAGCGGAUUUCAAACUAAGAAAAAAUAUGCAAAUAUUUUUGGAAAGAACUAAAAAGCCGGUGGUUUUAACAGCUGGGAAAUUUGUUACUCUGUCCUUAACUACCUUUACCGCAAUUAUUGCAAGAGAUCAUUCUGACUGCACUCUUGACGGACUUGGCUCCUUCGGCACUAGGAAACUGGAGCUGGAACUACAUUCUUUAUGGAACAAAGAAGCGAACACACAGCUUCUCUUGCUCAAUGUUAACAGCCACCUUGACGAGGUACAGGCUGUUUUUAGUGACGGGAGCUCUGGCGGAGGCUCACCGUAGCUUCCAAUCUCGCUUAACUGAGUUAAGAAGCUGGCACAGGGUACUUCUACGACAUUGGUCCCGGCUGGUGAAGGCUCUGGGGCAGUUAAGGAGCUGAGGAAGCCGGCGGCAUGCGCGGGCGGGAAGAUGUUCGCAUCCGAUCCCGCCAUGGAGUGUCACCGACAGGCCGUGGGGAAAACGGCAGGCUGACUUCACCGUCAGUCCCGCCUUAGUACCCACGGGCCAAGGGAAAGCCUCUUGAACAAGCCCGGGCCAGGUGUGGAGCAACUCGUGUGUUAGUCCUUCGAACUGGAUGGUUGUGAGUUAGCCUUACCCGUAUGGGAGGUGAGAGGACGUUUGACACUUCAGGGAGAGCUGGGAGUAUCGGUUUGAACUAACCGCUUGUUUCGACAGGUCACGAAA